CAAGCAAACUACUCCUCCACCACCAUUAUAUCCCUCUCCAUUCAUCUGCUCCACCUUUUCAACUAAGACAAUUUACUAGCAUCUCUUCUUUUUUUAACUAAAAAAUGGCACAUAAUACCUAAAUUCAUUCUCUUCCCACCAUCAUAAAAACCCUCACUAUCCCCUCUUUACUCAUCAAACACUUGUGCAACUUACCAUUCCUGCUUCAAUUUUCUACGCUUUCUCCAAGCAAUUCAGCCCACUACCACCCACAAAAUGCACCAAUCUAUUUUCUCAUUUUCACUUCUCCUUUUCUUCCUCCACUGCACCAACACACUCUCCCAGUCACCAGCCUCUGCACCAGUAGCCCCUCCAGCCCAACCACCAUCACACCAUCCAUCCCACCGCCCACACAGCUCGCCGCCGCCUGCGCCAACAGACGUCAUGCAAAUCCUCCUAAAGGCAGGCCACUUCAUAACCUUUGUUCGCCUUAUAAAGGCCACCCAUGUAGAUUUUCAGUUAACUUCCCAACUCAACAGCUCAACCGACGGUAUCACCAUCUUUGCUCCGACGGAUACUGCAUUUACAAAACUUAAAGCUGGCGCUCUGGACUCUCUAAACGACAGAGAAAAGUUGUCGUUUGUGCAGUUUCAUAUAUUGCCAAGAUCUCUCUCGACUUCUGACUUCCAAACUCUGAGCAACCCAAUAAAGACACUUGCAGGAUCCGAUGAUCGUUUCCCAAUGAACAUAUCCACCACCGAUAGUUCAGUGACUAUAAGCACAGGACUCACAAAAACAAGCAUAGUUAACACUGUAUACACAGAUAAACAAGUUGCUAUUUAUGAGAUUGACAAAGUUCUACUUCCUAAACGGCUUUUUCCUCCGGCAGCAGCUCCGGCACCAGCCAAGCCAGCAGAGAGUCCGGAAGUUAAUACUAAAGAUGCUUCUGAUGCAAUGAGCUCUGUUUUCCAUUAUAAUGGGGUGGUGGUUCUUGGAGCUGGCUUAGCUUCUGCAACGUUAUUUUUUUGACACUCGAAGAUUUGUGGGGUGGGAGAGAGACUCUGAGAUUUUCUCUUGGUUUAUUAUAUUGAGCAAUGGUGAUCUUCAAGGAGAUCAUUAUUUUAAAGAUAUUAUCCCAUGGUCACAGUGUGGAUGAAAUUAUUGG